AUUGGCAUUGCCACCUCCAGAACCUCAUUCAGACAGGCUUCUGAAUUCCUCCUUUUCAUCAUUGUCAAAUGAGUUUGAACCUAUUAGAAGGUAUAACACAAUCUCUUGCUCUUUGCUAGCAUCUUUCGCUCUUUGCUAGCAUCUUUCGCUCGCAUCUUAGGUACAGCACAGCAAAAGCAAUGGCACGCAUAGUGCCUGUCGCCGCCGCCCUGUGCGCUUUGCUCUUUCUGCUGGCAUGCCAGACAGAAGCGCAACUCCUGAAUACGACAUUUCCAGCAAUUGGGAGUGUGGCUGGGCCCAACACGACCUGCGUGGGAUACACAGACCCUGUGAACCUGCAGGCAAAGCUCAAGUCUGCGAGGCUAGGGGAAGUCAUUGUAAUCUGCAGCGACAUCGAGGUUAAUGUAACCCUCGAGGUCAGCAAGGCGGUUACGAUCAUUGGCGGCAACACUACCACGGGCGCUCCGUAUACCAUUUACGGGAGCCUCGACACAGACUACUAUGGUUAUGGUUAUGUUCAACUUUUCGAAGUUGCGGACUUGGUGGGCCCUGUUGUCUUCCAGAACCUGGAGCUGUCAUAUGGCUACUCGGACUACUAUGGAGGCGCGGUCCUGGUCGGAGACAACGCUGUCGCUAGCUUUAUCAACGUCGCUUUCACCAACAACUACGCUUAUUAUGGAGCGGCAGUGUACACCGGAGGGAACACGACCUUCCUCGGAUGUGUCUUCUACAACAACACUGCCGAAAGGGACGGAGGCGCUGUCUACCUUGACAACGGCUCUGGAGGCAAGACUUUGAGCGUGAAGGACAGCAUCUUCUAUGCCUCUAUUGCUGGCAGGUCCGGGGGCGCCAUCUACAUGUACAGCUCCGGGGGCUAUGCGCUCAUCACAGACAGCGUGUUCGCCGAGAGCGAAGCUACUGAGGAGGGAGGCGCUAUCUACGUGACGUCAGGAUCCAACGCGACCAUUACGUACACCGACUUCAUCAACGGGACGUCAGCGACCGGAGGGGGUGCCGUCUACAUGCACGGCUACGGUGUCUUCGCCGGUAACUCCUUCGAGAACAACCAGGCGCCACGUGGAGGCGCUGUCUACACGUACGGCUCAAAGAACACGUCCUUUUGCGGCGGGGACAACUUCACGGCGAACGUGGCGCAAGUGGUGGGCCUGGGCGACAACGUCUACGUGGAGUACACAUAUGACGACACGAGUGCCACGUCAUUCUGCCCUGCAAUCCCCUUGGGAGUGGUCAACGCGCAAAGCCCUUACAGCGGCUACUCUAACGCGAGCUGCAUCAACUGUGACCCGAUGAUGAUUUGCGAUAAGAACGCGACCGGGAUUCUCACGCCCGUCGGCGUCAACUGCACCUGCAAUGCGGGCUUCUACGGCAGCGGCUACGCGUGCUAUGCACUCGGCUAUAACACCACCUCCUUCCUCAAUAAUCUGACGGCCACGCUGAAUGCGACGGCGACCAACAUCACCGCCAACCUGACCAGGCUCGCCAACUCUACGACGGCGUCGAAUCGCACUGCGGUCAACGUGACCGCUCUGAGAGCGGGUGAUCUGAUGACACCCUAGGAACCUUAACCUUGUUCCAAACCGCGCGUCUGCGCGCUUGGUCCCCUCCGUUAUGCUUGCGGUAAUGAUGGUCGGUAGUUAAUAGGUUGAGCGUAAGCUUCAGCUCGGAUAAUCCUGGUUGUAGUUGUCCACUUUUUUAAGGUUGUUGUGUGGCCGCAGAGGACAGGCGUGCAAAGUAUAUUUAUGCGAGCGCUUCACUUGCUUCUUUCGAUUGCGGUUAGUGCAGUCGUAAGUUAUUUCUCAGGUGGAUGCUUUUUGACGACGUGGGUUCUUGGAGUCGUACCCGUUGCUUGGGUUGGACAUUGAUCCAAUGGUGCGUCGUAGGAGUUUUGGACAGCUGCGUUAUAAGCAGUCGUUUGUAGUAGGUGGAAAUGAGAAGACUCGAGUCGAUGUUGGGGCCACUUAGCUGCCCGCUUAAAUACUUCCAGUCAAAAUACGGUAAAGUUUGGUAAGAGCCCGCUCGGCUAGUCAUUCGAUUGCUUGAGUAGGAGCUUGUAGGCUGCAUGCAGCUAGUUCAAUAAAACCAGGUGGUUAAGAAUUCCAGAGCUGAGCUUGCUGCCAGUUACGCGCGCUUUGCCUGGCGUCGUUGCCGGGACGCCUAGCCCGCCCAGGAUAGAUCUUACCACAAACUCUGGACAACUGGUGGGACUCAGUCUGCCCUAGUAGCCGCAAAAGCCACGCGCGA